UGUUUUUUUUGGGCGUUGAAUCGAAUUUUUGGAGGAAUAAUUUAUUGCAUAUAACUUACAUAGCGUAAAACCGUAAAAUACAGCUAAAAUCAUGCGCCGCCGAGCGGGGGUUGGCGCUAUUCAGAAGCAGAAACUUGAAGCCGAAAAGUACCGAGACAAGGGCACCGAGCUGCAAGAUUCCCAGUUCGAGCAAAUGGUAAAACAGAUGGAGGUGCUGAAGGAGCAUCUCGAGGAGUUUGCAUCAAAACACAAAAACGAAAUUCGCAAGAAUGCCCAAUUCCGGCGCCAGUUCCAGGAGAUGUGCGCUGCCAUCGGCGUCGAUCCAUUGGCAUCCGGUAAGGGUUUCUGGAGCGUACUGGGCAUGGGAGAUUUUUACUACGAGCUGGGCGUUCAGGUGGUGGAAGUUUGCCUGGCCGCUAACCACAGCACGGGUGGCCUGAUGGAACUGAACGAGCUGAGAAGCAGACUGGUGGCGGCACGCGGACGCAAACAAGUUCAUCAGGAGAUAACCAACGAUGACAUCCUGAUGGCAACUAAAAAGUUGAAGAUUUUCGGCAACGGAUUCACGGUCUAUCCGGUGGGCGAGGGUCGAUACAUGGUACAGUCGAUACCCGGAGAGCUGAACCUACAGGAGACUUCGGUACUGAGCGUGGCAGCGUCCCAAGGCGAAGGUUUCGUUACGCUAUCGAUGUUGGUGGAUAAGCUUGGCUGGACAGAUAUUCGAGCUACGCAAGCCAUAGAGAAGAUUCUUUCGGAUGGCCUAGCCUGGAUCGAUACUCAAGGUGAAGAAAAAUCUUACUGGUUUCCCAGUUUAUUCCCAGGACGCAAUCAUUAAAUAAUUUGACUUUUUAUCUAUAUUAUUAUGAAACUGUAUAGGUUUAUUUAAAUAUUGAACACAAUCGCGUAAGUCUGGGAAUGAAACGUUUUAUUUUUUGAAAAUAUAUAAUAACGUUAUUGGAGAACGUUUCCGAACAUGUUGUUUUAGGAAUAUGACAGAAACCAUGUGAGGGGUAGUUCAGAUAUCACGUGGACAUAAAAGUGAAAUUUUUGACCCCCUCCGUGGACAAGAGUGAACAUUUAACAAAACCUCUUAAUCAAAAAUCAAUCCUUGUUAAAAAAAAAACCCUUAGUGUUUUUUCUAUGAAUAACUUUGGCUGACGGUAUACGUAUAAGUUUGGCUAUACAAUUAAGCUGUUUCUAGAAGAUUUUCUUAAAGGUCUCGCUUUUUUCGGGUGUGCCCCGCUUUUAUGUCAUGAAAUGUCCCGCUUUUUUUCUGAAAGUACUGUUAAGUUUUGUAUUAAGGUACGAAUCAUAGUAAUCUUAGAGAAUUCAUUCUAUGAUGGCAACAUAGUUCAUUUACCAUUCCUGUAUGUUUAUUCGGUCUCAUGUUUCACUUCUUGUACAACCAGUGACCAGAGUGGACGGUUUUAGUGUUAACAUAAAGAGUGGUCCAUCGAAUCGGAUACGAUUUAUCGGUAAAUUUUUAAUUUUUGAUUUUUCCUUCCAAUAGCUUUUAGGUCGAUAAUGGAAAUUGAACUGGAUAUUGAUAUUGGGUCAAUGGUGCUGUUAACCUGAUAUUGGGUCAAAGUAUAAAAAAAACCGCAAAGAACUCGACAUUGGGUCGGUUCAAGUUGAAAAUUCUUAUUUUGGAAGCGAACAAACAUUGGCAUUGGGCUGAUCAAGAUGGUAGACUUCGAUAUUGGGUCGAAGUUUGAAUAAUAGGAACUAUUCGAUAUUGGGUCGAAUAAACUUUGAUAUUGGGUCAAAGUUUUGAAAUACUAAAACUUAUUCGACAUUGGGUCGAAAACUUUGAUAUUGGGUCAAAGUUCUGAAUGUGAUAAAGAAACAUUUUGAUAUUGGGUCGAAAUGUAAAACGAACUUAUUCGACAUUGGGUCAAAAAAAUUUAUAUUGGAUCGAUUUCAAAAAUGCAUUUUGAAAAUUUUGAUAUUGGGUCAAUAUUUUCAAACAUAUACAUUUUCCCGAACGCCGAUUUGUGAUCGGCUUUGCUUGAACGAAAUGAUUUGGGCUGUUCGAACAUGCUUUCCAAAAUGGUGAUGAUGUGUGUUUUUGAUUCAAACUGGAAUAAAUUUUCAUUGUUUUCCUGGCUUGUAGAAUAUCCGUCACCUAAAACCCAACAAUCUACAGUGAUGGAUGACCAUUCGGUAGGUCAAAUUUUUACUAUGUUGAAUAUUUAAUAUCAAGCUUACCCACACAGGUAUUCGAAAUUGAGCCACAAGCUGUUCUAAGAAGUGAUUUCGAAUUACAAUAUUUCGUUGGCGGUGGAAGUUUGCAGAUAGUUUAAUGACCGGUCUCCUUUUAGAAAGGUAAUUCAGAAGUGUUGUCCUAACAUCGAGCCACAGCGUGCUCCUGGAUUUGCUAAUCAGUGAUCCCUUAACCAGCUGGCAGACGCAAAAAUUUCAUUUUCGACUGGAGUAAUGAUGAAAUCAUAGACCAAUUCCUAUGUUGAAAUAGUUGGCGGCGUAGUCGUGCUUGAAAAUAAUGCAACCAUCAUGCUAGAGCGAGAUGUAAGAAAAGACGCACAAUGGAAUUCAUUCAAAAUGAAUUUUUUCUCGAAAACGUUAAUAAAUAAAUCAAAGCAAGCUUUUUCCUCGCCUAGCAACCGCCUAGCGACAGACAUGCACAAACCGUUGGAUAGUUUGAAAAGGUGGCUGUGUAAGAAAACGCAUAUGAAAUCAUGGUGUGUCGAAAUACAACUGUAGUUUUUUCUGUACGACAGGGAUAUUUCUUUAGGUAUGAAAAUCAAGUUGGAUUUGAAAGCCCACGGUAAAGAAAGAUAAUUUUCAUGUUUUGGGGCCAUAUCGUUUCCAGAAGAAACAUGUUGUUUAGUCAAUCAACAUGAUCCAUUGGGUCAGCUCUUUUCAUCACUACCUACUUGGUGCUCCCCGUCUCAGGUGGCAAUUAUAUUUACCCGACAUUAAAAUAUCAUCUUCAUAAAAAAAAAAAAACUCAACGGACUAGAAUGAUAGCGAAGAAAGCUUCUCCAAUGUUGAGUAAUCACUGCAUGAAACACAAAAAGUGGUUCGUUAGAGUUGCAAAAAAACCGAUGAGGUUUGCAAUGUUCAAAAUGUCGUCUUUUUUCCAGCAUCGCCAUUGAAAUUAUUAUUCGACGAAAUUAGUCAAGUUCCUCCAUAUAAUGUCAAAGAACGUUGAAUGAAGAAGCAAAUUUUUACGAUAAGUUGUCAAUGAUUCUGUCUUCGAAUCACGUAUUUCAACAAGAUAUUUUUGUGAUGAGCUUUAUUGACAUUUAUAAUUGCUGCCACGGCCGUCGAAACUUGGAACUUCAAUAGCAUUACUUUCCAAGGGAAGAAUGCAGUUUGCAGCGUGUUAGCCUGAAACUAAUGUAGGUAAUCAAUGAAUUGCGAUUUUUCUCGAAAGAACACAAAAUUAGCUAUAUUUCACAACAUCUCUAGGAUAUGUGACUAGGCCUAACAAACCAAAACCUUGGUCAUUGAAGUCAGAAUGAUCUGGUAAAUUAGCGUUCGAAGCGUUAGCCUCGAAGCGUUCUUAGCAUCUUAUGUUUGUUUGUUUCGAUUAUAGUCGCUUUACCAUCUUUUCGGUAUUCGCCACUUUAUAUCAACGUUGCAGUUGGCGGACAGUUUUGGAAAAAUUGAUUCGGUAUAACUGUGUUCGAUGUUUACUCUUGGAUCGAACUCACGGUAAUGGGCGGACCAUUACGGAUGAACGAAAAGACAAUUUCUCUUGUGAAGGACAGGAAAUUUAUUUCAUUUUUACCAUCAUUACAGUUUUAACCGCGAAAAAAUGUAUCCUUUUUGUGAGGAACUUUACACAUUUGCAAUAGUCAGCAAAUUACAUAAUAAUAAAUAGUACAUGGACUUCAAGUUAAGGUGAUUAAUAUUGUCGAGAUUCAUCAAACCCCAAUAAGAUCCUCUGACCAUAGUGAAAACUUAAAAUGUUUGUUGGUUUGUUUGUCUGAGAUUUUUACACUCUUGUGUUUUUCAUCCCUGAUCAAGCAAGAAGGAUAUAUUGUUGUUGUGUUGUAAGAAAAACAACUUCCAGUGUAAGUAAACUUGAGAAAUAAAUAUGUAUUGUCUACGAGUAGUUUGGAAAAUUACCGAUCUAAGAGACAUGAACCGUCUUAGCCGAUUUAGGAUCUAAAGAAACAAAUUCUAUUUGUGUUCAAAGAGGGAAUAUUUAUUAAAACCAAACUAUUGAAACAUUGUGAAUAUUAUAGUGAACGUUAGCACAACAAUCAAAUCUUUUUGAACGAGGAGUUUUAUUGCCUAUAUUAAAUUUCUCCUCAAUCACCGAGGAAGAACAUCUACUUAGGUAGGAGGACAAGUUCAAUAGCGAAUGUUUCAUUUGAUCAGUAACCUCUGUUAACUCUAUCUGAGGACACAUUUCUCAUUCACAGAAAUUCGCAACAACCACAUAUUUAAUCUUCAUGUAAAUUUGCGAACUUUUCUACACAUGAUAUUAUGAAUUACAGAAGCCUGCAGAAGAAUAAAAAUGAUACUUAAGCUGCUUCGCCAAUAUUCAAAAUUUAAAAACAUGAUAGAUAUUAUGAGUCUUGGAGUUUAUGUAUAGAAUGUGGAACUACAUAAAUUGGUGUUUGUAAACUUGACAUUUUCAACGCAUCAAUGCUCAAAGAUUGUGAACGAACCACCUCGAAUUGUGAAAAGCCGGACGACUUUCGCUAUCUCAGUUAGAUAUAAUAAGAACUGUGAUGCAGCUUUCAACUUCACGCGUUAUAAAACGAAAGAUGUGUAAAUAGAAUAAAAAAUUGAAAAAAGCAUUACCGUUGAAGUAGGUAAUACAUUAAAAGUGAUUCCAAUAAGAUUAUAUUCGCACAAGAGUGGAAUAUCAGAUCCAAUAGGCGCUGAAUCUUUAGUGAAAAUUUGAAUAUAUAUCCACUGCAGUGAAGGCAGUUAACGUCAUCAACAAGUCGAAAGACGCUUAUAUUCUAUUCUUCAUCACAAACAUCAGAUAUAGCAGAUUUACGCGACUUCAUACAAUUGUUUCUUGAUCUUCGAAUCGAAGAAAACGAGAUAGAAAUCUUUUUUGUCUUAAACGUCUAUUCGGGCGGGGGAGUAUGUUAAGUUUUGUAUUAAGGUACGAAUCAUAGUAAUCUUAGAGAAUUCAUUCUAUGAUGGCAACAUAGUUCAUUUACCAUUCCUGUAUGUUUAUUCGGUCUCAUGUUUCACUUCUUGUACAACCAGUGACCAGAGUGGACGGUUUUAGUGUUAACAAGUACAGACCCCGCUCGUUUUUGGCAACACGCCCGUAAAUUUUAUGUUUCCAAAAUCGAAUGCUGCCAAAAUCGAACGGUUUUUUGACACUUUUUUAUUUUUGAUUUUGAUUUCAAAUCAGUCUAAAUUGAUGUUAAACCUUAUAUUAGCAUAACAUUUUUUAAUUUGGCUCAAUUAUAUUAGUUUUAAGCAGUAAAAAUGGAAAAAUUCAUGUUUUAACUGUUCAAAACUAUUAUAAUUAAGCCGAAUUGAAAAUUUUCAGUUAAUAUUACGUUUUACAUGAAUUUUGAUUAAUUUGAAAUGAAAAUAAAAAAAUUGACAAAAACCGUAUUUUUUGGAUGUUGCCAAAAACGAACGGUUUUUGCUCGGAUGUUGCCAAAAUCGAACGGGAUCUGUACCUAGCAAGCCUAGAUUAGAGCAAUCUUAAAUCAGAAAUCUGUAAUUGAACACCAUCUUUCGGAAUCGGGAAAUUUAAUACUGAUAAAAAAAAAUCCAAUCUACUGCUUCUACGCUAUUAAACUUAGGUAUUUCUCAACAACAAAAUCCAAAGAAAAUCCGGAGUGAAGAAAGUGAUAUCAAUAUGUAUGAAAGACAAUAAUGUUGAUUAAAAUGCACUUUAUUAGUUUCGUUUCAUCAAAUCGGACAUGAGAAGGUACGGCAAUUACUAAUACUGCAUUCCAAUAAGAUUCCAUUGUUUUAUCCUUGUUCUAUUAUAUGCAUUACAGAAUACAGGUUGGCUCCAUUACUUGAGAACCGUUUUGCAAUAACACUCAAUCAAGAGUGGAUGAAGUGGAACAGUCGUUUGUCGAUGGUUUCUAGUUUUUUUUAUUCAAAACUUUCUUUGUUCAACAGAUCAAACUUAACUUAAAAUGUGUGAAUGUGUGUGCCUAUGAGUUGUUUUGUUGUGACUUAUACACUGCUAUUUGCAAAUGCUUCUUAAAAAAAACUCCAUAUUUGAAUAAUAGAUAGGAAGUUGUAGUAAAAUACCAAUCGAGCGACUUUUUAAGUAUCGUUGAUCAACAACAAAAGAAAACUCUUGGAAUGCCCUCUCUCAUCGUAUUUGUGUUAAGUUCAAUUUCCUUCUAGUAGUACUCUUCGCACAUGUGAACGGUCCAGCGGCCUCUGGUAUGUGCGUGUCUUUCACUGAGAUACAGCCGCUAAUGUUAUUUGUGAAUUUUUUCGCUUUCAAA